AUGACUUCAAUUUUUGUAGCCCUAUGUUUUAUUAAAACUAUCUCAGGAAGUGAAACAUGUAUUCACAGAAAUGCUGUUUACAGAACAAACAGUAACAAAGAAGAAUUUAGAAAAUUAACUUACAAAGGUUUUAUAAUCCAAGAAUUCUUAAUUACUGAGUUAGAAAAAAACUUCAUAGCUUUAAUGAUUGGGAGAUAUCUUACUUUAAUAAAAACCAUACCAAUUUCCACCUCCAAUGAUGAAAUCAAAAUUACUCCAGGUGACUUACUCUAUUCGUCUCUACUAUUACUAUUUUCUGCUUCUGUCAUUCCUAAUACCCACUUUUCCAACAAUAAAUUUGGCAAAGAAAGUCUUAUGCUUUCUAAAAAAUUGUAUAAUGGCGCUACUAGUUAUAAAAACAUAGAAACUGAAAUAAUUGUAUCUUAUACCAAUCAAAAUAGUCAAUAUAAUGUAUUAAAAGAUAAUCUAAAAAAAACAGUUCUUUCAGUAAUUAGAAGGUUAAAAAUUGGUGCAAAAAAAAUGCUUCAUAUUAUAGCCACAGAUAUCAAAUGGAACUAUGCUAGUAAUGAACAAACCUCUGAUAAUUCGAAUAAAGUAAAAGCAAAAGCUCAAGGUGACAUCAAUGACCAUCUCGAAAGUAUUAAAGAAAAGUAUACCAAAUUAAAUUCUUUCUCCUCAAAAAAAAAACAAUGCUCAAAUUUACUACCUACUUCUUCAUCAAAAGUACAAAAGACCGACCCUCAAAGCAAUAAUUCAAAAACCCAAAACGAUAAAUCUCUAGCUAAUAAUUUUUUACAAGCUAUAGGUCAAAUUAAAAAUAUUGGAACUGGACCUCAAAAUAAUAUUAUCAAUAACAAUAAUCUAUCUGCUCUCAAAUAG